AGUACCACACAUAUUGCUUUGCGGGUAUACAUCCACUUUCCAUUUCACUAUAAAUCAAGGAGCUAACUAUGUUGAUCCAUCCAUCCAUCAAGUAAGACAAGGCAAAAAAAUAACUUGUAUCAUUUCACAACAAUGCCUAACAAAGCAGAAGUCAGCAACACCACCCCAUCCGCCGUUGAAACUCUUGAUUGGAGAGGCAGACCCUCUCAUCCUUACAAACAUGGUGGAAUAAGACCUGCUGCCUUUCUUCUUGGGUUGCAAGCAUUUGAAAUAAUGGCAAUAGCUGCGGUUGGAAACAACCUCAUAACUUACGUCUUCAAUGAGAUGCACUUCUCUCUGUCCCAAUCUGCCAACGUUGUCACCAACUUUGUUGGCACUAUCUUUCUCCUUGCCCUCCUUGGUGGCUAUCUCUCUGACUCUUUUCUUGGGAGCUUCUGGACCAUCCUUAUCUUUGGUUUUGUUGAACUCUCUGGUUUCAUAUUACUCUCAGUCCAAGCUCAUCUCCCUCAGUUGAAGCCACCACCGUGCAAUAUGCUAAUUACUGAUGAUGGAGGAGAACACUGCACAGAAGCAAAAGGUUUCAAGGCCAUGAUAUUCUUUUUGGCAAUAUACUUGGUGGCAUUGGGGAGUGGCUGUGUCAAGCCCAACAUGAUUGCUCACGGAGGAGACCAGUUCAAUCAGGAAGACCCCAAGCAGCUAAACCAGCUCUCAACUUACUUCAACGCUGCUUACUUUGCAUUCUCUUUGGGAGAACUUGUUGCCCUCACUAUUCUUGUUUGGAUUCAAACUCAUUCUGGAAUGGACGUGGGCUUCGGGAUCUCAGCAGCUGUCAUGGCAAUGGGACUGAUAAGCUUGAUUUCUGGAACCUUUUAUUACAGGAACAAGCCCCCACAAGGCAGCAUCUUAACCCCUAUUGCUCAAGUUCUUGUGGCUGCAUUUUUUAAAAGAAAGCAUAUUUAUCCAUCUAACCCCCAAAUGCUUCAUGGAGAUCAAAACAAUGUCGGUCAGGUUCAUACUGAUAAGUUUAGGUUCUUGGACAAAGCUUGUAUCAGAGUUGAAGAGGCUGGGAGUAACACAAAGGAAAGCUCAUGGAGGUUGUGCAGUGUUGGGCAAGUUGAGCAAGUGAAGAUAUUGCUAUCAGUUAUUCCCAUUUUUUCUUGCACCAUAGUUUUCAACACAAUCUUAGCACAACUCCAAACAUUCUCAGUACAACAAGGGAGUGCCAUGGACACCCAUCUCACAAAGUCCUUUCACAUUCCUCCUGCGUCGCUACAAUCCAUUCCUUACAUUUUGCUCAUCAUUGUAGUCCCUCUCUACGACACCUUCUUCGUACCAUUUGCCAGAAGAAUAACAGGCCAUGAAUCUGGAAUCUCGCCUUUAAGACGAAUAGGCUUUGGCCUUUUUCUGGCUACCUUUUCCAUGGUUUCUGCAGCUCUAUUGGAGAAGAAGAGAAGGGAUGAAGCCUUGAACCAUAACAAAACAUUGUCCAUUUUUUGGAUCACCCCACAAUUCUUGAUCUUUGGGUUGUCAGAGAUGUUUACAGCUGUUGGCCUCAUUGAGUUCUUCUACAAACAGUCCAUGAAAGGGAUGCAGGCAUUCUUGACAGCCAUCACAUAUUGCUCCUACUCAUUUGGGUUUUAUUUGAGUUCAAUUUUGGUUUCAUUGGUGAAUAAGAUCACUUCAAAUGGUUCUUCAAAUGGUGGUUGGCUCCACCACAACAAUCUCAACCAAGAUAGGCUUGAUCUUUUCUAUUGGUUAAUGGCAGUCUUAAGCUUCCUCAACUUUCUCAGCUAUCUAUUCUGGUCCAAUUGGUAUUCUCACGGUUCCACCAAAUCCCAAGCUGAAUCUAACACCAAGGAAAACAAUCCAUGCGGCCAGGGCUCUAAAUACUUUGAAGAUCACAAUGUUCCAUAGCAACUUAAUGUUACUCUAAAUAAAUUUACAUAUCUUUAGACUUUAGUUUUCUUGUACUAUUGUAAAUAUAAAGCUAUGAAAAAUUCUGCAUACUUUUUUAUUUGAA